AUGGAAAUCUAUGAAGAUAUCGAGUUCUGUGAUCCGAACCAAAUUUAUGGUGAAGCAUUGCCGGUAUGCGAAGACCCGUUUACGGUCUUCGAUCACUAUAUGAACAUCUGUGUUCCGGCAACCCUGAUUCAAUUUGUUGACCAGGAAAACGAGCCGAACAUGAAGAUCAUCUACGGUUUCCUUCUGCCCGUACUAUCAGUGAUUGUGUUGCUGUCCAACGGCGUGGUUAUACUGGUAUUGAAUGAACAAAAAACGAAACGUGCCACAGUGGAGCCACUGUUUUGGAUGGCGGUCAGUGCUUUACUCAUGGCCGCAUCCCCUUUGCCGUUUACCAUCUACUACUACAAUCUCGGGCAUAUGCGAGAUUUGAAUCAGACCGAAUUCCUAUGUUACUUACAGAAGGUAUGCAUGGAAAUUCUGCCAUUCUUCUUCAACACGCUCAUCACAUUCUUCACAUUAUUACUUGGAACUCAGCGAUUUAUUGCCGUACAGUAUCCACUGGAUUCGUUACGAUGGUGUUCACGUCGUUUGAUACGUCGCUAUUCCAAAGCCAUCCUUACACUCGCUAUCGUACUUACCGUCAUUCAUUCUACGUUCGACAUUCGGGUCAUCUAUCACUUUUGUAUUCGAGGGCCAUCGACAUCAUUUUGGGUGGCCCGAUGCUUUGUUGGACACUCUCCGUUGACACGAGCCAUGGGUCCCGACACAUUCUCAUGGGUUUUCGACUGUUUUCGAAUAGGACUUAUCGUGGUGCCACCGAUUUUGCUGUUCGUCAUUACCAUACUACUUAUACGAACGAUUAAAACGUCGGAUGCACCCAAAUUGAAUGUAAAUCGUCAUAAGCGGGUCAAUUCGGCAUUCAGAAAUACCACUGUGAUGCUCACCGUAAUUAUCGUACUCUUUCUCUUAGCCAGGGUUCCAUCGACAGUACUGAUUAUUCUGGUGAAACUUUCUGAUUUACUACCAUUGGGCUCGCUGGAAUUCGCUCAUUCGGCAUAUCUUCGUGCUUUUUCCAACAUCAUUCUUGUCACUUUGCAUCCAAUCUCUUUCGCCGUCUAUAUGUUCAUGUCAAGGCGUUUCCGUGUUUCAUUACGACGACUUCUUGGUUGGCGUUUUCUUGCUUCUGAUGAGGAAUUCAACGCUGUCACCUCAUCCGUCCGGACUUCGCAAUUCAAAUCACAACAGUCACGUACAGGCUAUGCCUUUUCGCUGGUCCAUCUCCAUAAUGGUUAG